AUGACGGGUCGUAAAUUUUAUAAUGAUUCAAAUAGGAGUGAUAUUUUAAGUAUAAUAACCAUACUUUCAAUAAUUAUAUUGAAUAUUAUAAAUUGGGUAACUACUAUUUUUACUUUGUCAUCAGAUCAAGAUCAUCCUGAUGUAAAGUUGUUUAUACUCCAAGCUAUUUUUUGGUUGAUUGGUGGUGUGUGCUCUUUUCUUUAUACAUUUAUACCAGUCCUAAAAACACUCUUUGAUAGUUUAAAAGUAAAUUUUAAUGAUACAAAUAUUAAUGUUAAUAAUGAAGUAAACAUUAAAGUUGACAAUGAUAUAAACAUUAAUAUAGAUAAUGAUCCAAACGUCGAUAUUAAUAAUGAUACAAACAUUAAUAUGGGUAAUAAUCCAAAUGUCGAUAUUAAUAAUGAUAUAAAGAUUGAUGUUGAUAAUGAUAAUACUGGCAAGGAUUACAGAAUUAGCGAUAACGAAAACAAUAAAGAGACAGUUUAUAUUGAGAACAUUAUCGAGAACAACGAUGAAAGCAUUAGCAAUAAUAACGAUAGUUUAAAUGAUAAUUCAACAAACGAUUUGGUCGAAAUUUCCAAUUCAGAGAUAAUCAUUGCUAACUCAAAUUUUGAAAACAUCAUUACAAAUACUUUCAGCAUUUAUCCUAUAACUUUAAAAAAUGCAUCUAUAGAAUUUUCUCAAAAUCCUUCUAUGCCUUUUGAUCCAAUUAGUAACUCUAUCGAUUUUAUAUUAAGAACUUUUCUU